AUGGCAGAAAAUGAGAAGGGAGAAGCCCCAAAUGCUCAAAUCACACUCGAAGAAGAAGCUCUCUUUCUGAAAAAUUUAGCAGAGAACAAGUACAGUUCAAAAAGACUGAAAUCCGCCAUCAAAUACGCUAAACGAGCAUACGAGCUGUACCCAACUCUCGAUGGCCUGUCCGAGAUGCUCACCGCCUUCCAAAUCAUCCAGACUGCAGCCAAAACCAAUUUCGAAACCGCCCCAGAAAGAGACUCUCUCUCUCCUCCCGAUUAUUACAAGAUUCUGCAGGUGGAGCGCUUUGCGCACAUCAAUACAAUCAAGAAACAGUACAAGAAACUGGCUUUGACACUGCAUCCAGAUAAGAACCCGUUUGCGGCAUCUGAAGAGGCGUUUAAAUUGGUUGCUGAGGCGGUUCGCGUUUUGUCAGAUAAAAUUAGGAGGAAGGAGUUUGAUAUGAGGCUUAGGAUUGCGAUGCAGUCAGAGGCAGGUGAAGGAGCUGAGGGAAUUGAAGAGAUGUUUUGGACGGCGUGCUCGAAUUGUAUGUUGUUGCACCAAUUUGAGAAGAAGUAUUUGGGGCAUAAUUUGAUGUGUCCUCGGUGUAAGAAAAGCUUUCAGGCUGUGGAGGUCCUGGAGAAUUGCGAAAAUGAAGAAAAGCUAGGUGUUGAGAAGAAUAUAGAGAAGAAUGGAGCCACGCAAACUAGAGUUAGUGUUAGGAUCAGGGAGAGGGUUAAGAAAGGUGGCAAACUAGGUGAUUUGGACAAAGGUGGUUUUGGGGGGAAGAAAAUUGCGGAGGUGUUGGAGAGAUCAGGGCGGAAAGUAAAGAAAAAUGUGGGUGGAAAUGGUGGGUUGGCCAUUAAUUUUAGGUCGAAGAGAGGGGAAAAGUUCAGAAAUAUUGGUGGAAGGGAUACUCGUGGGAAUGAUGGACUGACGUUGAAGAGUGUAGAGAAGGUGGGAAAUUUGAAGAAGAUUGGGGAGUCGAGUAAUAGUGAUGGUGGUUUGAUUAGGGAAUUACUGUCGACGAAAGUGGGGGGGAAGGUAAGAGAUAGGAAUGAGGAGAUGAGGAGCAUUGAGGUUGAGGUAGUAGAGAGUCAAAGGGCCAAGAGAGCAAAGGUUCGGGAAGAAGAAAUGAUGACUUUAGCUCAAAUGCAAAUGUUGGUAAAGAGGAAGGCGGAUGAGGAGAAGUUGAAGUUGGAUGAUGUUAAUGAAAGACCAGAUGUGGAUGAGGAGAAGUUGAAGGCGACAGAAAAGGAAGGCGAAAAGGAUAAGUUGAUUUUGAUGGAGAAGGAUGGACAAAAGGAAAAUGAAAUUGUGAAUUUGAGCAAGAAGAGGGUGAGACGCAGGAUUUCGAAGGAUAACUGUAUGAAUAUUGUGAAAAUAAGAGCUUUAGAGAGUACUGUAGAUUUGGAGAUUGAGGGGCUUAGAACAUCGACAAAGGAUGACUUGGAGAUAAUGCCCGUGGAAGAUUCAGAUUUCUACGAUUUUGACAAGGAUAGAAGAGGGAGGAGCUUUAAGAAAGGACAAGUGUGGGCGGUAUAUGACGACGACGAUGGAAUGCCAAGGCAUUAUGCACUGAUUGACGAAAUUGUUUCUGUGAAUCCAUUUGAGGUAACAAUAAGUUGGUUAGACUUUCAAAAUAAUGGUAAUGAGGUGUGGACUGGUUCAGUGAAAACGGGAUUCCAUGUUUCAUGUGGGAGGUUUAAGGUUUCUAGGAAGACUUCAGUUAAGUAUCUCAACAUGUUUUCUCAUGCUGUGGACUGUGAGAGAGCGGCCAGAGAACUGUAUAGGAUUUAUCCAAAGAAGGGCUCAGUUUGGGCGCUCUAUAAUGAAAAUACUUUAAAUGCUGAAGGAAUGAACCAAGGGGUUAUGGAUAAGCCAUGCUUCGAUGUUGUUGUAUGCUUAACUAGUUUCAGCGACGUGUAUGGCCUGAGUAUUGGUUACCUUGAGAAGGUUCAUGGGUUCAGGACAAUCUUCAAGAGAAGAGAAAUUGGGGCUACUGCUAUUAGAUUGCUAGAAAAAGAUGAUAUUAAGCUAUUUUCACAUCAGAUUCCUGCUCGGAAGCUUUCCGGAGAUGAGGCCUCAGGCCUUCCUAAGGAUUGUUGGGAACUGGAUCCAGCUUCACUUCAAUCUCAGUUGCUUAAUGGCUAUACUUAG